UGGAGCGCAGCGGCACGGGGAGGGGGCCCUUGUCCUCGGGGCGGCCGGGGAGGGGGGCUCGGCGGCCGAGGGAUUUCCUCACCCCCCCCUAUUGUUCUCGUCCCUCUGUACCCCCGUUAAUCUCCCCUCACGCUGGGGCGCGGGCGGGCAGGCGGGGGAACUCCCCCCAUUCCUGCCGUUACAUGGUGAGGUGGAGACGCCGCCAGCACCCAGAGAAUGGUGAAUAACACUGAAGACCUUCAAGAGGCUUUAUAACGUCCCAUCCCCAUGUAAAGUAUGCUCAGAACUUUUCCAGUAGUUCUGCUGGAAACCAUGUCUCACUAUACCGACGAACCAAGAUUUACCAUAGAGCAGAUAGACCUGCUUCAGCGCUUGAGACGUACGGGAAUGACCAGGCAUGAAAUCCUCCACGCGCUGGAAACCUUGGAUCGUCUUGAUCAAGAGCAUAGUGACAAAUUUGGGAGAAGGUCUAGCUACGGAGGUGGUUCCUACAGCAACAGUACCAACAAUGUCCCAGCAUCUUCUUCUACAGCCACAGCUUCAACACAGACCCAGCAUUCUGGGAUGUCCCCAUCACCGAGCAACAGUUACGACACCUCCCCACAGCCUUGCACUACUAAUCAGAAUGGGAGGGAGAGUAAUGAGAGGUUGUCUGCAUUCAACGGGAAGAUGUCACCUACCCGCUAUCCACUUGCAAACAGCUUGGCUCAAAGGUCAUACAGUUUUGAAGCUUCUGAAGAGGACUUGGACAUUGAUGACAAAGUGGAGGAACUGAUGAGGAGGGACAGCAGUGUGAUAAAGGAGGAAAUCAAAGCCUUCCUAGCCAAUCGAAGAAUUUCCCAAGCAGUUGUUGCACAGGUAACAGGUAUCAGUCAGAGCCGAAUCUCCCAUUGGCUGUUGCAGCAGGGGUCGGACCUGAGUGAACAAAAGAAAAGGGCAUUUUACAGAUGGUACCAGCUUGAGAAGACAAAUCCUGGGGCUACGUUAAGCAUGAGACCUGCUCCUAUCCCAAUAGAAGAGCCAGAAUGGAGACAGACGCCUCCCCCAGUCACAGCUACCUCUGGGACCUUCAGACUACGGCGAGGCAGUCGGUUCACAUGGAGAAAGGAGUGCCUGGCCGUUAUGGAAAGUUACUUCAAUGAGAAUCAAUACCCAGACGAGGCAAAGAGAGAAGAAAUUGCAAAUGCGUGUAAUGCAGUUAUACAAAAGCCAGGAAAAAAAUUAUCAGAUUUGGAACGAGUCACCUCCCUUAAAGUGUACAAUUGGUUUGCCAACAGAAGAAAGGAAAUCAAGAGAAGAGCCAAUAUAGAAGCAGCAAUCCUGGAGAGCCAUGGAAUAGAUGUACAGAGUCCGGGAGGUCAUUCCAACAGCGACGACGUUGAUGGCAAUGACUACUCGGAGCAGGACACUUGGCAAGUACGCAAUGGGGAGGAGGAGGGAAGAUGUUCAGAGGGAGGCAGAGAAGCAGAGAAGGUAGAAGAAGACAGGAGGAUCUGCUCCAAACAAGCAAGUUACACCAUUCACGCCACACGCAAUGAUGACAGCACUAGCCAUAGUGACCAUCAAGACCCCAUUUCAUUAGCCGUGGAAAUGGCAGCAGUAAACCACACCAUCUUGGCAUUGGCCCGGCAAGGAGCCAACGAGAUCAAGACAGAGGCUCUAGACGACGACUGAUACAAAGAAAGGGGAGGGUCAAAGCAAGAAGUAACUUAGUUUUAGACGUAGCACCUUAGCAGACUUUCCUCGGUCCUUAAUAUGUGUUCUUAAAGUAUAACUUUGCAGUUUCUUGUACGUCAGUUAGCUGUUAGGGUCUUGUUCUGUGAAGAUGGCAUGGUGCCCUCAGCCUUUGCAUAUACUCUCUCAGUAUUAAUUCCCAAUAAAUAAUCAAUCAACCAACCAACCUCCCUCUCCCAGCCCCUGUGGCUAGAAAAAAAAAAUCUUGCUGCUCUGUCUUAGCAUUCAAAGUGCUUCCAGGUAUUUUAGACAGCCCUCAAUUACAAGUCUUAGGCUACACUUAAAAAUCUUGGAUACCCUUAGAGAUCGUGUUAAAAAACAAAACUAGUCUGUACGCUUUUCCUUCUCUGAGACUGAAAGGAUGCAAGCUGAGGUAGUGGCACAGGGUCGAUGGACACCAGAUCGGGAGUAUCAACAGAGAGUAAAAAGAACACUAGAAACCCCACUUCAGCAUGGGAAUAAAUGAUUUCCAGCUGCAAUAAGCCGUGCCUCACUGGUCACACAGUGACUCGAUAUACUUUUGGGUGCUGUGCUGAGAAUGUCCAUUGGAAACACAUUCACACAUUUUGGUUGACGUUCACAUAUUCAACACAGACAUCCUCUACUCUCACAAGCUGCGUGGCUUAGUGGAGAAGUACUGCCUUCUGCCUCUGGGACCAUGAUUGAAGCCCAGCCUGGGAUCAUAGGAAAAAAAAAAAUGAGCUGAAUGUCUAAUGGACAACAGUCCACUCCUCAAAACCACUAUUCCUUGUUUGGCAUGGCUAGCAGUGCCUGCUCAGAAGAGGUCUAGACUCUAUUGGUCUGUCAUUAACAAUAUCACCUUUUAUUCUUCCUCCCGCCUUUUCUAUCCCUGCCCUACUUGCCUCUCCACUUGGCCACGUGCAAAAGCAAUGCUUUCCAGGAAGGUUAUUAAGGUCAUAAAAUCGGUGAGUGGAUUUUUUACACUUCUGUGUAACUAAUGCCUACGUCCUGACUAGCCUGAGAGGUUAUUGGAGAACUUUUUGCAUCUGACCUUUGCUAGAUCACCAUCGUAGCGUAAAUAUUCUCCUAAAUAUAAACUUGUUUGUUUGUUUAAAGGCAGGAGGAUCUCUUACCUGAGAAAUGGGGUGUGAAUGUUUUGUGUUCUCUUUACUCUGUCCUUGUUAAGAUGUGAGAAAGCUAUACUGCUACGAGCAAUUUAAUUAAUUAAUUGGAAGCCAUACUGAUAAUGGAUGUGGUAAUAUUUGUAAAGCAAACCUACUUUAAGUAGCAGAAACUAAUGGAAUUGUUUUCCUUGAUCAUAUGUAGCACUUUUGUUACUUUUUUCUUAAAGAUAUUUAUAUUUGAUAAGUCUUUUUUUUAUCAUUUGAGAAUUCAAAAUACCAAACGGCGAACUUGCAUUACAGAGUCACCCUGCCAUCACCUUGUCAUCUAGUAUCUAAAUGAUGAACUGUGUGUGCAUCUAAGAAAAUUACAUCUGCUGGCAUUGUGUGGAAAUGAUCUCCUGGCAUCCUGAUAAAAUGAUCUGUUGCUGCCGGUAAGAGGAAACGUUUCAGUGGAAACAGCACGGGAAGUGUUGGAGACGGGCAGGACCGUGUUACGUGGAAAACACAAACCUACAACCUAUGUAAAUUUUUACUUGCAACAGUUUAAAAAUUUGCAUGGUGUUUCCUCAACAUUCCAUUGUUGUCUUCCCCGUUUCUGUGGGAGUACCUCGAGAAGGGGAAGACGGCUCAGUCGGAAGGAUGGGUUUCCCUUUUCUCCCCUCCACUUCUAGAGGAGAAAGGGAGUGAAGGGAAGUUGCUGGCACUUGGCUUGUUCUCAUCAGAUAGCGUCGCGACCUCCUCAGAUGUGGCUCCGUGGCAGGUUUUUGGCCAGCCUGAGCCCCAGCAAGGUGUAGGCUAACUAGAUCGUAUUUGCAUCUGUUCAUCUGGUGAAAAUUGCUUAGGUAAGUGUGGAGGGGAAUUUUGUGCUUUCAGAGGGCACCGAGUUGACACCUCUUCGUCUCUGUAACUUCGAAGAUAUAUAGGUAGGGCUUGGCCUCGUCUUUCAUUUAUGGGUUUCAUUGGAAAAUUGAUGUGCUUUCCUUAGAUAUAGAUCACUGAAGCAGAAUGAAGCCGUCUUUUUUUUUUUUCCUGUUUUAUUGCAUUUCUUGAGUAGGCAAAUUCAUAAGUAGCAUCAGGGCAGACUCAGGAAAGAAAGGAAAUGGAUCAGUGACCGUUGUACCAUCCCAGUUUUUUUCUUAAAUGUGUGUGUGAAUGUUUUGGUACUAAAGAGUGAAAGGACGGGGAGAGCUUUUAUUUCUAUUUUUGCACAGUGGAAUGAUCGAGCAAACUUAUAGCCUUAGUGGAAUUUUACCUACUUAUUCAUACUACAGUCACACACACCAAGCUGACAAGCAACAUCCACGAUUUAUAGGAAGGAGAUUUUAAUAAUCGAUGGCCUCUUUACGUUGGGAUUGCCACCACCAUUUGUUCUGGCUGUUUCAUUUUAAAAAGAACAGACUCAAACUGUUGGACAGCUGCAAUUUUAAAAGAAAUAUUGCUUACUACACCGUCUCAAAAAAAAAAAAAAAGUCAUUGUUUCAAGCAUUGCCUUUUUUAAGCAAUAGGGAAGAAUAAAAAUAGCACUAGAACUUGUUACAGAUUUAUGUGAUGAGGUAUUAAAGUUACACCACCGUACCAUCUACUGUAGAAUAAUCUGGUCUUAAUUCUGUUUGUCACGCUCCAGUAUCCCAUCUGAAGGUUAAACAGUUAAACCCCUCGUGAACAACUGGAGAUUGGCACAUCCUCCUUGUCUGUAGCUUCCUGGUAAAUACCAUCCUCUCACCAGAGAAAAUAACAAAUGGCUUAACCAGGGUAUCAGACACUUAGUUCCAUGGUGUCAGGUUUGGGUUGCCUCUGUCUAUUUGGGUUUUUCUUUGACCAUCGAGGGGUCAAAGAGCGAGACUCACCAGGAUGCUCACGGCAGUCCACGUCCUUUAUUCUGAAAGUUCAUAGAACAAUCUGCAGCUGGCUAAUAACUUUUUUAUUUGACAUGAAUUAGCUAAAACAGAAUAGACACUGGUGUGAUGAUAUCAGGAGAAGAGUACGUGACCUAGAGCAAGUGAAAGAAUUGAUGGAGAGUGUGACCUGGAAUUUGUUGUAGGGGUUUCUUUUCAGCAAUAUGGGAGUAAUCUUUGUCUUUCUGUCUCUGGACUUUCUUGAAAAUUAAGGCUCGUUUUUGUAGCUCUGCAAUUCAGUUGCAAUUUGUUGCAGCUGAUCUGGAAUUACUGCAAUUUGUUCUCAUGUGGGUUCCCUUGAAGUGGAUCUGGUGGCAGACUGGAUCAACCUUCUUGUUCUGUGAAUAGAGAAGAAAUUAUUUAACAUGCUUCUCUUCUGUGAUGGACACAGAUUGUUUUUAACUUUGUAGGAUAAUUUCUGUCUGUGGUUUUGUCACUCAUGAAGUCCUUAUACUUGAGUUGUUGUCUCUUACUGUCUCCUUAAAACAACAGUUUCUACCUCUACUUCGUUUUUGGCUUGUUUGGAGUUUUUUGUUCUUUUGUUAUUUGUUUUUAAUAUCCCCCCAACCCCCUCCCUCCCCUGCUUUUUCCUGAAGUUUGACAUCCCAGACAUUUGCAAAAGCAUUAUGAGUUGAUAAAAAUAAGCCGACAUAGCAAUGAGCAGCCCUGUCAAUGCCCCGGCGUUAUAGACAUCUUCCAAAUGCUCUAUAAACAUGCACAUUGUUAUGGCGAGAUCCCACGACUCACGUGUUGGUUGGAUGUGAACAAGUCGCACACUUGCAGCAAUUCAGGAAUCUCAUCAAGAAGAGCCUUCAGUGAGUCAAGGAGAGCGAUUGGGCCCCUCUGUUCAUCAUUUGUGGGACCGCAUCUCGAGUCCUGUGUGCAGGCUUGGGCAGGAGUGGGACUCAGUCGUAGGGCUGCUGCGAUGAGAGGACUGGAGUACAUGUCGUGUGGUGAGAGAUGGCGAGAUCUGAGUGUGUUUGGACUGGCUCUGGGAGCGUAUUUUGUUCUUCAGCUGUUUUAAUGGUUGAGUUUAGAGGAGAUGGAGACAGGCUCUUCUCAGAGGUGCAGAGCAAAAAGGUGAGGGGCAGUGGGUUAGAGCCUCGUUAACGAAAAUCCCAGAUGAAUAUAAAAAGAAAUAUUUUCAUGCUCAAGAACAGUGGCUCAGAAAGGCAGUGCAAACCCCAUCCUCGGGAAUAUUCAAAACUCAACUGGACAAGGUUGGAUUAGAGACCUCCAGAAAUCUCUUCUGACCUAAAUUAUUCUAUGAUUCUGUCCAAACCUGCUCAGGUUGAGGUAUUUCCUAGUUUUCAUCCAUUCAUAUUGAGUUGUUUAAAUAAAUUAUCUUAAUUUGUUGUUACCGUCUUUUUUUUUCUCCUGUUUUGCUGUUCAUAAAAAGUUCUCUCUCCUAUUCUCCUAACAGAGGAGAGCUUUAUUUGCAGGGUCUGUCUCCAGGUUCCAAUCAAGCCAUAAGUAAUAGAUUUCAUUAAUUAUUUGCUCUGUUUACACAGUUCUUCAGGGAUAUUUGAAUUAUUCUCUUUAUUUCCUUGCCUAACACCAGACUGGUAAGUUUCCCGUGUUUUCGUAACGUUUGUGCUGUAGAUGGAUGGGGUUUUGCUUUCCUUUGUGCGGAUUUGUCGUUGGCUGGCUGGCUGGCUGCUGUGGGUGCAGGCAAAAAAUUUCACAUAGCUGAAUGUAUUAGAGGCAAAAUUGAAGUUAAUUUCAGCCUACUAGUGUCUACUAUGAUAAAGCAGGACUUUUUUUGGCCCAGUACAUUGUUAAGUGGUGAUUAUCAGAAGCUGAAAGGGUAUGACUGGGAAGGAGUCACCUUAUACUCACUUGGAUCCUCUUUCUUAAGUGUUUGCUGUUGGCCUCUGCUAGGAAAAAAACCAAACGAACCACACUUCACUAGGCAGACUUUAGGUCUGAUUUGGAUGUUAUUUGGAAGAGAAAUUGCAGCGGUGUUUGCCAGUAUGGACUGGCAUGGGGUCAGCCAGACUCCCAGGAGUGAAUUUCUGCCUUCAAGUGCAUAAGAACGUGGAGAUGAGUUUACCGAGAUUUUGGAUUCCCCUGGGUGCUAUGAAAGUUCUCCUUUACUGCUUGCAAGGCAGUAAAAUGAAAGCAUCACUGUGGCCUUCCACCCAGAGCAGUUGAGUCACCGAGACACGUGGUAGUUUGAACAUGGUCUCAUAAGGAACCAGGUCUUUAUCUUUUGUGUAGUUAAAACCAUCGGAAUUAGUGUAAGAGUUUUCAAAACUCAAAAUCGCUGCCCCUAAAGCACUUAAUGCCAGAUGUUGUUUCCCUGUGUGUAAUCUGAACUCAGAUGCAAAGUUGGAUUCACACCUUCCUCUGUGAAUUGCUAUGAUUAGGUGUGAGAUUUUGCCCGUAAUACAGAGCUGUGGAUGUUUAGUAGGAGAAGAUCUUUUCCCUUCCCUUUAUCCCUGGAAUUGUGUAAAUUAUCAUUGAGAUGAUCAUUUUCUCACCAGAAGGUUUAUGUUCUCCCUCCCAGCCCAGCUACAUCAUCGUGCUCAUUCCACGGUGUUCAUCAGCUCCUUUCAAGUUUGUUGGAUAAUUACCAGCAAAUCCUGGAAGGGUGGGGUUUUUUUUGUCAAAAUAAACUUUGCUCUUAUUUUAGACAAGGCUUCCCACCCAAGUAGCUCUUGCACUCUUUGAAGUUAUUUAACUUGAUAAUAUUAUUUAGAUCAAAGUCUUAAGCUUGUAGGCAAUAAUCUUGAGUUUGAUGUAGCUUUUAUCAUUUGGCAGGAAUCUUUGUUGGCAGGACUGGUCUUGAAAACUGCGUUAAAUGUCAAUGACCCAGCGUGUUCAUUCUUAUUAGACAGCCGAAGAUUUUAUGUGUGUGUGUGUGUGUUGGUAGCAUUAGUCAGGGCUGUAUAGUGAUCCUGGCUAAUUUAAUGUGGACUCAAGCAUUUUCACUGUGAUUUCUUGGAAAGGAAGGUUGACAGCCUGACCAAAAAAUACCUUGCACUUCCCAAGAAGAGUUGCAGAGACAUUUCGAAAUCAAACAUUCCCCCUUAAGGGUUUUUUUGGGAUAUUUACUCAGGAUAUUGAAUCAGUUACAGGCCAGCUGGCAUUUGGCGAGCUGAAAAGCAUCACCUUAAACCCUUCAUUUUAGCAUCUAUUCCCGUUGUCUUAAUUUAUGGGCUUCAAACUGUGUGACUAAAAGUGUUGCACAUUAAUGGGGGGGGCAAAAAAAAGGCAUUCUAGAGGUGGCAGCUGUAAAUUCAGUUUUAAAAUACACCAAAAUUACUUUUUCUCCUUUGUGAGAAAGGUGUUUUAACUAGAAAAGGGGACUCGGGUGUUUUGAGGACUGUCAAUAAGAUGACAGCAUUUCCAUGUUGUUUUUUGUCCAACAAAUAGAAAUAAAAUCAGAUAUACGGCAAGUACUCUUGGUGACACCGGUGAAAUUGGGGUUUGGGGAGAGAAAUUCAAACAUCUGGAGAGCUGGUCAUCGCUAACCCACGGAGGUGGGAGAAUGUUUGGAGUUUUGGGUGCAGGGGAAGGUUUUUAAUAUUUCAAAUGCCCCUUUUAAUCAGGCUGACGAAGAAAAUGAACGAAUCGUUUGAUUGCUGCAACGUUGUGCUCUUCCUCGUUCUUUCCAGUAAGCUGUGGAGAGCUCUGGCCAACAGCUUAAGCGCCAGUGAACCGAAACCAUUGAACUGGAGUGAACUGUGUAAUGGGCCUUUGAUGUUUCUGCAUGUACAGUGCAUCUCUCACUCAGAUGGCUUGGCAGAAGGCACUCUCUGCCAUUUAUUCCCUCUCUUCCCCUCGCUCUUAAAUGGAAGCGGGUGUAUUCUGCUGAUCAAAACAUCCAGCACGCUUCUGCUAAAUCCUUUCAAACUGCAGCCAGGGUAAUUGGGAUGGGUAGGAUAAAUGCAGAAGAGUAUGGCAGUAAAAGUGAUGGCAGUUCUUUUGAAUGACUGGGUGUCCUCCUGACAUGUAAUUAGCUGCUUUAGAAAGAUGUGGAUUGGCAUGGUCAUAAUUAAAAGGAUUUCUGUCUUUUCUGUGAUUGAAAACAGAAGAUCUUCCGCCCCCUAAUUCUCUUUAAUACCAGUGUUAUUAGUGACACUUGGAACACAGCUACUUUGUAAACUUAAAUAAUGACCUGUUCCUAAUGGUAACUUACAACAGCAGGGACUGAAACAGAGUUUAGUUUUCUAUGCAAAGCUGCCUCUCUUCCUUUUAUCUUUCCCCCGCCCCUGCUCAUGUACGUAUCUGCUUCUCAGUGAGUUCUAGAAGCAAAAAGAACGUUUAGUUAUGUGUGACAGCAUGAUUACAGAUUACCCAGGGUUCUGGUUUAGCUCUUCUUGAUUUGUUUUAGAUUAGUUGUAGUGUUUGAGGAGGAUCAGCCGGAGUCUCCUGGACUCCACGGUAUUACUCGUCCUGUGUUCUCACCCUGCCUGCAAGUAGAGGGUACUGGUCACACUUGUCCUCUGGUUCCUAAUGGAGCUAGCUCAUCUGCCACCUCAAAUUCUCCUUGUCAAUGUCUCAGUUUGGAAGCCUUAUCAGAAUAACCUGCCUCUGGAUAGUUGCCUGGACAGUAUGCUUGCCGUUCACUACUGGAGAGGGUAUAUGGUGAUGACUUGAAAUAACACUGUAAUCUUUCUCUGCUAUGUUGCUGGAGUCUCAAAAAGCAUCUGUCUUAGGGUGUUACGUGCCUUUCUAUCCAGUGUUUUUGUGAGAAGUGUUAUCUUUCGUCCGGUCUCGAGCACUGCAGAGCCUGUGCUCCAGUUUUGCCCUUAAGCUUCUUGACCAUAUUUUUCCAUAGUGCUGUUCUCCUGCUUUAGUUACCCGUCAGACAGGUUUCCAGAGCUUUUUGAUAUUCAAAGAUUAUAUUAGAGACUUCUGGUCAAAUUUAGAAAAAAAAUAGGAUGUUCUUAACUCCAACAGAUUUGCAAAAGAAGUUGGGAACUUCCUCAGCCUCUUAUUUGAAACCUCUAAUUAACUUUCCAGCUUCUUUGUACUGAAAGACUCGUGGAAAUCGCACGUGAUGUCACUGUGGCUGGAGAACAGCCUGUGGGUCUUGGGUACUUAAUUUCUUCCAGCAGGGUUACCACUGGUUGCUACCUCACUCACGGUAGCAACUUCUUUUCUAGGACAUACGUUUUUAGAUGUUAACUUGCUGCUGUCACUGGCCUCAAUUCAACUUCCUGUCCUCUCCCCACCUCUUCUCCUUAACUAAUUAAAGUCUUCCACAUUACGGCAGGAUGGUGUAUGUAGCUUAAAUAACCCACCUCUGUAAUUAAGAGGUUGACUUUAGCCUUCUGAGAUAUAUUUUACAUCAUUUGAGGUUUAAAAUUACAUUUUACUUACAAACUUUAUCUGUCAAAUCGUUCAAGGAGGGCAAGGAGAUAAUGAAAGUAAACUGUUAAUUAAUGCUUCCCACCCAGUGCAGUCCAUUAUAGAACAUUAAGCGUAUAUUCCAUUCCUCAGAGCACGUUUUUGACUUUGGGUAUAGGGUGGGGUUUUUUUUAAGUCUUAACUGCUGCUGAUGAAGUUGCUGCUAUCUCUCUUUAACAGGGCCAUAGUGACAGUACUGAAAAUACCCUUCAGGAACUCAACUAGAGCCAGGAACUCAGAAUAUCAGCUCCCUGACCAGUUUUUCCUUUACCAGAGCGUUUCCAUUUACGUGUUACGGCAAGUGAGCAGAUCUUUUCAAGACCAGAAUGACAUAGACUCUCCUUUGACACACUGAAGCUGUUCAAAAGCUUUGAUAUCGUUUUGGAGUGGAAAGUAGCAGCGGGAGCAUCUCGCCUGUCUGUGUGGUCUGAGUUUAGGUGGAGCUACAUGGGGUUCAGAAUGGCAAAGAAGAAACACGAUGCAUCGCUGGGGAGCGCUGGGUGUGUUGCAAAAGCUGUGAAACUGGAGCUUGAGAGGGGUAAACUUCCUGGAUGCUUUAUUGAUGAGGUAGUUGAAGCAGUUUGGGAAAUGCUCCAAAAUCUCCAGUGUAUGUAUCUUUGUGCCAACGUGUCUCCAUGGCAUGCCGUAGAGUGUUGUAAGCUUGAGCCGUGCUUUUCUAAGUCACAGUCCUCUUUCUCCAGGUGCCUGGAGAAGAGAAAUACUACUGAGAUGAGGGUAUAGAUCUCAUAAUUUGCAGAGCUUUUCAGAGUUGACCUCAGUUGAAAAUCUGCCCCAGGAUUUCAACCAUAGUCCCUCAUUCAUGCUGGGAUUCCUGGCAGUGCGACGACGAGAGAGUCCUGAAGUUGCUUUGUCGGUAAUUCAGUGAAGUGGGCUCGAGAAUUAGGCAUCUGGUUUAGGAGUAAAGAGCCGGUGAGGUAUCCUUGGACAUUGAGAAGGUAGUUGUACAUGUGUUGAGAAAAAAAGGAAAUUCACUCCAUUUGUGUUUAUAAAUCCACUGGGUACAAAUGGUGAGAUUUGUAGAGUUGCUUGCAAGAGGCAGACACUUUCCGUUAGGGGAUUUAUUUUGGGUUGUUUUGCAUUUGGAAGGGCAGGAUGGUUCAUUCAUCCCAUAGGAUGGGGUAGAUGGAGGUUUGCAGUGGGAUUGUGGGAGGCCAGCUGAUAUUCGGGGUCUCCUUGUAGGUGAUAGACUCGUCCCUUCUGGCCUUAAUUGUAAAACUGUGAUUCCAAAGAGGUAGACUUGUCUUUUACCAUUAUAACCUGUUCCUAGUAUUUAAGAAUAGAUAGAGAUUUGAGUACUAGAGGGGUUCUCUGCGGCAGGAACUUCUUUAAAAUGUAUGGCUUUCCAUCAGAGAACAUAUUGUGCCUUAUGUCUCUAAACCACGUGAAGCUCCGGUUCUGUGUGAUGAAUAUCUUCUUACACUUUGUACUUCUGCCAUAAUGGGAAUCAAACAAAUGCAGUUUUGAUACCAGGUGGUCUCUGUACACUGCCAUAUGAUUUAGCCUGACUCCUGUGUCUUACAGAUUCAGUCUGUCCCAUUGCCACAGCGAUGUAUACUUUGAUACCAGUCAGUGUUGAGCAGCUAAAGCAGCUCUGGAACAGCAUUCUUCUGUUCAGCUGUUGGGUUUGCUUCUUGUUUGAAAAUAAUCAAAAAAAGCAAACCCCACCCUAAGCAAAAGCCCAGACCAGUCUGAAUUUCUAACCCUAAACUUUUGUUGCUGUUCAUUGCACUUGGGUACACGAAUUCCCGUGGUUACGGGUACCUUGCAAUGACUUUUGCCAUUAUCCGAGAACGUUCGACACGAAAAUCGUUCGCCGGGAAUUAAAUUUGAUCAGUCGUGACCACUUCCUGUAGCUGCAGUGCCUCAAGCAACUGCUUUCUUACAAAUAACUUUCAUCAGUUGCCAGAUGCUUCAAAAAAAUAUCGCAGGCAGCAGAAGUCCUCUUGCUUACACUGAUGUCUCCGUUCCUACUCUGAGCCUCUAUUUCCUUGAAGGAAUUCCAGAGGAGUGUGUGGAGCUGUACCUCCUCCAGCCGCUCUGAGCCGUUCACUUCCCUCUGAAGUUGAUUCUUGUUGGUACUGAAUUUGUCACACAUUAUUUUCCCCCACUUCAGUUCUUCUCGUAGAGAUAAUUUCUUUUAUCUUUCAUCCAAGCUCCGUCACACCCUGGUAAUCCUAUUUUACCUGGUUUGCCCGGUGAUUUUCACAUCCUGAAGUUCUCCAACCUGAACCUGUUAUUUUUACAGUCUCUAAAUAUAUUAGUCCCAUCCUAAUAAAAAGGAUCCAAUGUAGUGAUGAAGCUUAGGUUCAGUUGGGUCUCAUGAAACCUUGUGAGCUUUCUCUAGCUGAAAGACCUCGGGUUUUCCCAGCAUGGUUACUUUGCACCCCUCAUCCCUUCCCUCAUUUCAGUUUUGACACUUUGAUUAGAAAAUCAGGGAAAUGGUAACUUUUAAGUAUAAUGCUUUUUUAUUAUUCCUCAGAGUGUCUGGGGUUUUUUUACUGGGAAAACUGGUACCGGGCUGUGCCCUUCAGAAACAUUCUAGGAAAUCACCUGCGAAAAUGAAGGUCUCUCUCAGAUACAGCAGCGCUUCUAAACAGGUUGAGUGGAGGUUUCCUGCACACAAUUAGACUGCUCAGCAUUCUCUCUUCUCAGACCUGUUUGUGGUUUGCUGCCUCUCCCGCUCCUAUUGGGGCUCACUUGUUGCUCUCUGCGCCCUUUCUCCUCUUAGUCUUCAGUGACGUGUACCAUCUUAAUUUUGUUCCUUCCUGCUUUUUCUCUUCUUUCUUCUCUCUUUUUUUUUCUCCCCUGUGCGGGCACUUGAUUACUGUCACACCUUCCAGCAGUGUUUUUGUGAUUAGACAUCUUUUAAUUCCUUUAAAUACUACUCUAGCGCAAGCCAGGAGGCAUUCUCCUUUCCUUUUGCCCGUUAGGCAGUGCUGUAUCAACCGCAUGUUGGAAUCCAAAUAUCUGUCAUCCACACUGCACUGUAAGUAUGAAAAAUCUUGUCUGCUCUGGCUAUUUAAAAAAAACUCCACAAAAAUGGCUCAAGAAUUUAGUCAAUUUACAGCAGGUGACCUCCUCUGGGAAAUAAGGUAGUGCCAAGGUGUUGGCCCCUGGUUAACAGAGAGGGACAAGGCAGUGGCACUUUUUUCUUCCAUUUGAUUUUCUCUGGCGUGCUCUUGGUGUUGGAAGGUGUCUUAAUGGGGAUGUUGCUUCUCUUGGUGAGCGUGUUGUUGCCUGCUUUCUUAACCUGAGGCUUUUGGGGCAGGGUGUGUGCAUUUGGAUAGCUUUACUGGAGGAGGCUGUGUAACUGUUCCCCUUGUCGCUUCAUUCGUGUGGGGUUUGGGAUCCUGUUUUGCAGCCAGAGUAGCUCUUUAUUCCUAUUGUUUGAGUUGUUUUAGUUUCAAAAGUGAUUUGAAAAAAAACUGGAAAUUUCUGAGUGAAAAAUUAAAAUGAAAAUAGAGUUUGGAUUUUGAGCUUCCCAUCAUUCAGUAUUACUCACUGGAUUUUUUCCUUUCUUUUUCGCCUUCUGCUUGAAUUUAGUUCUGUCCUCUUGAGACUUGUGCCCAGCUGAAGCUUGUGACUUGUUUCUCGUUGCUCUGGGGUCAGAGGCCCUGCUUGUUCUUUUGAGCAGGACAGCUUUUCCUUUUCAUCACCAUUGCAAUCCAAACUAAAAAGCAAAACCUCCCUUUUGCCUCGCUUUUGGCCCUGGCCCUACCCUUAGAAAUGUCUUUCCGAAUCUCGUCAACAGCCGACCCCUUCGUUUGCUGCUGGAGGUGUUCCUGGGGGUUCUGGGCAGCGCCUGGCACGCUGCUGCUGGUUAAACUGGGAGAGCACUGUGUCUCUUUGGAAGUCAGAUAUCUAUCUGUCAGAUCCUAUAUGAUAAUGCCAUCUCAUCGUGCCACGGGACCACCGUUAAGACGGGCUUUUACCUUAAAGAUGAUACAGGAGUGACAAAUUUAAAGUGGAUUUCCUUCAACAGCAGUUCUAUCAAAGAGUGACAGAUAAAAGUCAGUUGUGUCCAUGGGGAGCACUAUUUUCUUGACAGAUCGCCUUGGUCUGUAUCAUCUUCCCAAGGCUGCUGACAGCCCGGGAAGUGUGAAAUAUGUGCAGUACUUUUUGAAGUUGUUUUUUUUUUAUUAUUUUUUGUUUAGUGUCAAUUUUAAAAGUGCCUAAGUGAGUAACGGGACUCCAGAGUGAGCUGGAGGAACAGGAUUUUAGACCUCGUUUCCCCCUUAAGAAAAGAGCCUUCCUGCAGUCCCUCCACACGUACGGCUCCAGGUGAGCGGUGCGAGGCCGGAGCGUGGCAGAACCGUGUCUGGGAAGAAAUCUCCGCUCCUUCCUCAUGCUGUCCCCUUCGGUUUUCAGUCUGGUGGUGGGUGUCUUCUCAAUCUCAUUUCUCAGCCAAACUGUAGCAAUCUCUUGGGGUGGACGAUAAAGUGUCGGUGGGGCGGGGGGAGGAAGUUUGGAUAGAAUUCAGUAGGAAACUGCCUCAUGGAUUUGCAGAUCCAAAUAGCUGCGUGCAUUAAACAUGCAGACCGUAUACGUCUGAGCUUCUGGAGGGAAGCGGCUAAUAUGCAUAUUUAAUCACCCCUUUUUGGAAUCACAGAGACAGUUUCUUCCUAUAUUCUUAAUUAUUUUUAGGCUUAUAAUGGUGGCACCUGCUCGACAUUUUGUCGUAGUGAUUGUGACUAUUGGCAGGUGGUUAUGAUUUUGUUAAAAUACAUGAAACCCAAGAAUAGCUAUCGACUCUGGUAUAAAAAAUUGCCUUCAAGGAGAAUGUCUUCUGACCAUAGUCAAAGGAAAUAAUGCUAUUAAGAGGUAUUAGCACCACUUGAGGAUUCAGAAAAUGAAAGCAAUCCAUAUGUAGAUGUUUUAUUUUUCAUUAGUAACACAAUAUUGUUUUCACUCUGACAACUUCAUAACGUAGGAGCUGGGAAAGCCUGGGAAAUGACUAUUGGCAAGAAAAGCUCUAAGGACAUCUCUUUUGCAGAGAACGGAGAAUUAGCUCGUAGGAUGUUGAUGGGUGUUGAUAUAAGCAGUGAUCAAAUGGGAAUCUAUUGCUGGGGUACUGAUGAAAAUCGAGUGUUUGUGGAGCCUGUAACGCAUGUAGACCAUCGGAUGCUGUGCCGUCGCCCCGCUCCAGAGAUGCCUUUUUUUAACAGUGAUUUUUUUUCUUCUCUAAACCAAGUGAUUGUCCAUAACAGGGGUUGUAAUUGAAAAAAGAUUAAUGCGGUAGGGAGCGUUGCAACCCGAGAAGUGCAGAGACAGCGGAACAAGUAGCAGAGGCGCAGAAAGAAAUGAAGCGAAACCCUUCACCAAGUCCAAGCCGCGUUUCUCGUGGCCAAAACUUUGGCGCCGUCUUCAUUCCCUGCGGCUGUCAGGUGGCCUGAGGGCGAGCGAGCAUGGCCGUGCUGUGGCGUUACGGUGUGUGGAGGAGGGCUGGCAGCCACCUGCAGUGAUUCCGUGUGUCUCCCAAACGCGGUCGGUGAAUGAGCCGUGUCCCAUCAGCUGUGUGUCCCCCCUCCAUCCCUCUCCGUACGUCCCGCCGUCAGCAUCUUCCACGCGCGUGUUCGUUUCUCCCGACGAAAACGGCGCCUGUGUCUCAUCUGCUGUAGGUGUUCUGCCUACCUCAAGAGGUAAACGUGGUAUCCUGGGGUCGGAUGUUCACAGUCAGUUCUUUUUUACAUGAGCACUAGCGCGCGCACACACACAAACACACACACUGGAAUGUAUAUUCUCCUCCUCUCACCCCCUCCACCCCUAAAUAACCUCUUGACCUGAUCGUUGCUGUAGCCACCACCAACUCCUCUUGCAAAUUGGAUGCUGCUUUAAAUGUGAAAACAAAUGUUCAAGAAGCUAUAAAACCUGAAUGAAAGCUAAAGCUGAAUUUAUAAAGCCUUGUUGCAUAUGAGCCAAAAGUGCAAAAAGCUCUAUAUAAUGAACUAACCUGCCACUCAUAUAAAUAUAAAUAUAUAUAAAUAUAUUAAAAUCAGACUGUUCUACAAAAUUGUGUAUUUGUAUUUUUGUGUACGUACAAUUUUCUGCUAAGCAGAAGGAGGAUGUAGUAUAGGAUGAUGUGAGAAGAGAUUUUGUUUAAUCAUAUUUCUUUGUUACUUAUUUUUGUUAACAUCCAGAUGCCUGUCUUUGUCUUAUGUGUAUGACACUGUUCCAAAGGUGCAGUAUCUCUCUCCCGCCUGUGCGUUGAACCUCUGCCGCUGCAAAAGAGUUGGGUAAAUCCACACGGCAUCAUCAUCAUCACCAUCAUCAUCAUCAAACCCCUUGAAUACGCCCAGGAUUUGAUCUUAACAAGGGCUGCUCCUUCAGCUUAAGGACUUUUCUGUUCCACAUUGGCAUUUAACAGGCAUCUUGUGUCAUUCCUCCUAAUGGCAACGUCAGAUAUCCACCUGCUAGUCGAUUGCUUCUCACACAGGUCUCUGAGUGCGCUGUCUGCACCAUCCAUGAUCUGUAGUAGGUUUGCUGCUGGCCUUCAGCCUGAAAUCUAAAGGGGAAAAAAUAGAAGAUUGAGAGGAAUGAACAGAUCUUUGUGUUAGGGAGUUGCUUGGUGGGGGGGAAGACACCAUGAAGCAGUAGCACUGUACUUCCCAGGGAAGCGAAUCUCAGGCACCACCACCACCAGGGAGGAAGGUCCGGCGGGGAGCCUGUGUUCCCCACAGCUGGCUGCACGCUGUCAAAAGGCUGUUUUUACGUUCAGGAUGGCAGUUGGCAGGUUCGUGGGUUGUCCCCCUCCCUGUGCUGCACCAGACACAUCCUUCUGUCCUUCGUGGGAGCUGAGCCCCAGGCACACACAUCUCCGCGGCCUUCGCAGCCAUCUAGGAUGCUGCCAUAGGAGUAGUUGCAGCAGGCAAGGCUCGUCUUCUUGUGGCUUGAUGCCCUUGCAGUAAAGAUACUGAUUUUUAAGAGGAAUAGUCUUAAAAUCACUGCAUUUACCUGCAAGAUGCCAGGGGGUCUGCCCUGCAAGGGAAAAAAGCAGUCGUUCUUCUUUGAUGCGCCUCAGUUAGUUAUCCAUCCCAGAGUGGAGAACUACCCAGGGACAGGGGUCUUAAAACAGGACAUAGAGGAAAAAGUAAAGCAAAUAGGAGGAUUUCUCUGUGCAGGAGGUGCUGGACAUUCCACCUUCCAUUUCCACCGCAGACCCUUGGGGCAAACGGGUCCUUUCUGCGUGUGUUCCCAUCUUCGAAACGCAGGUGAGAGAUCACACCUUCCUCAGGCCUCAGGGCCCUGCAAAAGGGUGAAGUACCAACUUCUUCCCUCCACUCUUUUCUCUUUUUUUUUUUUUUUUUUUUGGUGUGUUUUAAAUUUACUUUCUACCAUUGAACCCAAUUUUGGCCCAGGGAGAGCGAUACUGCAUCUUUACAUGUAGGGCUCAUAUUUAUAACAAUGUGUAAUGACUGUAGCAAAAGUCCUUGUUUCUGUACGUGAAUGGACAGAGAAACAAGUGCUCUAUUGUAUUGAUUAAAAUAGUUAAAAUGAGUCCUGUAUCAUUGUAUCUCCUAUUCUGGAUUAGUGCCUUUUGGACAGUAGACUGUUCUGUAAUUAAAAUGUAGUAUAACUGCUUUUUUGUACAGUUUUGUUUUAUUAAAACUUUUUUUUAAUUUGUGUUUAUUUUAGUAUUGUACCUAUUAGAAAAU